CAACCCAAGCAAAACUCACUUGCUAUAUUUCUCUUUCUUUUGCUUCAAGCAUACUAUCAAUACUCUUUCAUGGCUUCUUCUUCUUCAUCAUCUUCUACUCUAAUGAAGUAUCAUGUUUUCUUGAGCUUCAAAGGUGAAGACACGCACCUUAAUUUCACCACUCACUUACUUCAAGCUUUGAAAGACGAGGGACUUGAUGUUUUCUUCGAUGAAGAAAAACUGGAAAGGGGGGACCAGCUUUCACAAGCACUUUCUCGAGCAAUUGCAGUCUCAAAUAUCUCAAUCAUCGUUUUGUCUGCAGACUAUGCCUCUUCGAAAUCAUGCUUGGCUGAACUCUCUAACAUCAUGGACCGCUAUCGCACCAAAAAACAAAUUGUUCUUCCCAUCUUUUACCAUGUUAACCCCUCUGAUGUCGAGAAUCUUGGUGGGAGUUUUAAGACAUCCUUUGAUCAGCAUGAAGCAACGAGGUCAGUUGAUGAAUUAGUGAAACGAUGGAAAACUGCUUUUGCUGAAGUUGGUAAAUUAAAAGGGUGGCAUAUAGAUGGAAGCAUCUCGGAUAGACCUGAAACCCAGUACAUCAAGGAUAUUGUUGUGUACGUUUUGCAAAAUUUGAUGAAGCAUCAAGUUUUCUUAAGCUUAGGUGAAGACACACGCCUCAACUUCUCCAAUCACCUAGUCAAUUAUUUGGAAAACGUAGGAAUUAAUGUCUUCCCUCAUAACGAAACACUAGGAAAAGGAGAGAAACUUCCACCAAUAUAUUCUCGAGCAAUUUCGGCCUCAAAUCUCUCAAUCCUCGUUUUAUCUAAAGACUAUGCUUCUUCGAUAUCGUGCUUGGUUGAACUUUCUAGCAUCAUGGAUCGUAAGCGCGAGUCCACUGACAAACAUAUUGUUCUUCCCAUCUUUUACCAUGUUGAUCCUUCCGAUGUGCGACAUAUUGGUGGGAGUUUUAAGACAUCCUUUAAAAAGCAUGAAUUAGAGCAACCAGCUGAUAGAGUAAUACAAUGGAGAACUGCUUUUGCGGAGGUCGGUAAAUUAAAAGGGUGGCAUAUAGAAGGAGGCAAAUUUGACAGACCUGAAAUCCAGUACAUUGAAAAUGUUGUUGAAUAUGUUAUAAAAAAGUUGACGAAUAUUAAGUCUGGAAGUGCUUCCGAAGAAUUGGUUGGAAUAGAUGAUCAGAAAACGAUAAUUCUGGGUCUGAUUGAGCAAGAAGAUUGUCGGGUAUUAGGACUUUGGGGAAUGGGUGGUCAAGGCAAAACAACCCUUGCUGAGGUUGUAUAUAAAGAAAUCUCUUCAAAGUUUGAAAGUCAUUGGUUUCUUCAAAAUGUUAGAGAGAGAAUAAAACAAGGGAAGAAACCUUUACGAAAUGAACUUUUUUCGAAAUUAUUAAACUCAGAUGUUGAUAUAGGCACCCCCUCCAUAGGAUCCACUUUAACUCAAGACAGGCUCAACAAUAUGAAAGUAAUUGUUGUCCUUGAUGAUGUUGAUGACUUAGACCAAAUAGAUUUUAUGGGUGUUAAACAUUUUGGUUAUGGAAGUAAAAUCAUUCUGACAUCUAGAGAUAAACAAGUGCUUGAGAGUGGAGAAGCUGGCACAAUACAUGAGGUGAAGCCAUUAAAUGACAACGACUCUCUUCAACUUUUUUCUACCUUUGCGUUUAGGCAGUUGAGUCCCGCGGUUGGUUUUCGAGAACUAUCCUAUAGGUUUGUAAAGUACACCCAUGGCAAUCCACUUGCUCUUAAAGUUUUGGGUUCUGGUUUAUAUAAGAAGCCUUCAAAAUAUUGGGAAAGUAAGGCGGAGAAGCUAAAGGAUUUUCCCCCAGAAGAACGAAUUUUAGAGACUUUGAAAAUUAGUUAUUAUGGGCUAAGUAGAGAAGAGCAGAAUAUAUUUCUCGACAUUGCAUGCUUCUUUAAAGGGGAACCCAUAGAAAGAAUAAAAUAUAUUCUAAAUGGUUGUUAUAAGAAUGUAGAGAGUGAAAUAAUCAAUUUGGUCGACAAGUGCAUGAUUAAUGUCUCUUCUGGUCGGGUUCUAUUGCGCCAUUCCAAUUGUUUUGGGGAUGGAGUUUACAUUUCUAUGCAUGAUAUGCUUGAAGAGAUGGGAAAGAAUAUUGUUUGUGAAGAAUCUAAACCCCCUAGAAAGUGGAGUAGAUUGUGGAAUCAUGAACACGUGGAACAAGUGUUCAAAUCUAAUAAAGAUCUUGUUCAUUUACGGGAAAUUGACCUUUUUGAUUGCAAAAAUUUGAAGAAGAUCCCUAAUUUAUUAGGAGCCGUCAUCCUUGAAACACUUCACUGUGGAAAAUGCAAAAGUUUGGUUGAACUUCCUUGCUGCUACCAUUUGACAUCACUUAAAACCCUUCACCUUGAGGGAUGUUGUAGUCUCAAGAAGUUUCCCGAGAUCCCAAAUAACUUUUCUGUUUUAGAUUUAUCAGAAACCGGAAUAGAAGAAGUACCUGAUUUAAUUGAGCACCUCGACAAACUUGAAUGGCUGGAGUUAUCAGACUCAAGGGUAAAAGAUGUAUCAAGCAAUAUUUUAAAGUUAGAAUCCCUUUAUUACGUAAAUCUUUGUCGUUGUCCAAUCGUCAAAUUUCCAACUGUUGAUGUGCCCUCACCAAGCAUGUGGUCUACAGCCCUUAGGAUUAUGUACAUGAAUGGUUGCGAGAGCCUCAAAUUACUCUCAGAGGUUCCACCAUAUCUGCAAGACUUGAGAGUACAUGACUGCAAAUCAUUAGAAAAAGUAUCCUUCACAGAUCAAAAUUUAUGUCAGUUUGAUUCUCUAGAUGAUGAUUAUGAUGAUGAUCAUGUUAACACUGUGUUUACCAUGCUAUUCUGUAAUUGCAUCAACUUAAAUCAAGAGUCGAUUGAUAACAUCGAGGAAAAUGCCAUGCUCAAAAUUGGAUCCCUAGCUAAGAAAUGGGCAGCGCGAUAUGAUGUUUGGGAAUUCAAAUAUUGUUGUAACAUUCCAAGUUUGAUUUGUUGUUUCCCAGGAAACAAAAUUUCAACAAAUAAGUUCAAGUGUCAGAGCAUGAAUUCUUCCUUAAGUCUGAAGAUAGCCCCAAAUGGGGGUAGUGGCAGCAGAUUUUUGGUUUUUGCUAUCUGCUUUGUGGCUAAUCUCACUCACCGCCAUGACUUUCCAGAACUUCGAUAUAUUUGUGAGUACCAACUUACAGCCGCCGGUGGUGGCAAUGGUGGUGGUUAUGAAAAGUUCAGAACUGAGAUAUGUCUCUGUAGUACUCCUGCUCCGGAGAUGUGCAUGGGUGAUCACGUGUUUAUUCUAUCUGGCGUGGACAUGGUUAAAGAAGACAAGAAUUAUGAGGAGGCAUCAUUUGAAUUCUACAUCAAAUAUAACGUUUACCCUGAAGAAGAAGAAGAAGAAGAAGAUAAAGAAGAAGAAGAUGAAGAAGAAGAAGAUUAUGAAGUAGAAGACGAUUUCAAGGUAAAGUCUAUCAAGGUGGAGAGAUGUGGUGUUCAUGUAUUUUACGUGGAUGCAGAGAGUUAUACAGAUGAUAUAGAUGCUACAGAUGAUACAGAUGCUACUCAAAAGAGACAUGCUGGGAACAAAAGAAGCUUUAGCCAUGAUGGUAAAGAAAGGGAUGGAGGACUUAAAAGAUUGAAAUAG